AAAAUGAGAUUCCAACAGUGGGGUUGUAACAGAAGCAGAGCUUGACAUCAGUUGUUGAGCAGUUCAACACACCCUAAACUGCACAUAAAGAAUCACAGCCAGGCAUCUUGAAAAUGCCAUCAAAUUUCCUCACGCCCUUCCUUGAGUUGGAUGACGAAUUUUGCAAGAGCUUCCGCGGUAUUGACCUAACAGAUGCCACACAGAAGCAGCGUGUGGUGGGAUUCCAGCGCAGACACUCCCUGUGCCCGGUGACUCUUCCCAACUCUAAAUUCAACAGCAACGACAGCAGCCCGUGGCCUCUGCCGGCCAUCAGCCAGCACUGGAGCCGCGAGCCGAAGCCGCAGCUGCCGCGCUCCUCUCUGAACCACAUCCCCUUCAGAGUAGACCGCUCCGUGAGCAUGAUCGAGGGUCAUGUGAGCGCUCUGGCGGCCUGCGAGAGCCCGACAGCCAGCCCUCUUCAGCCACCGCCCGGUCUCAGCAUCAGUAACAGCUCCCUGUCCCCCUCGAAGAUACUCGGCACAACCUCGUCAGCGCCCAUGUCCACUCGCUACAAGACGGAGCUCUGCCGUACGUACGAGGAAAGCGGCACCUGCAAGUACGGGGCCAAAUGCCAGUUCGCACACGGCAUGGAAGAGCUGCGAGGCCUCAACCGGCAUCCUAAGUACAAGACCGAACCGUGUCGCACCUUUCACACCAUCGGAUUCUGCCCCUACGGUGCCCGCUGUCACUUCAUACACAACGCGGACGAGCAGCAAGGCCUUUUGGAGAACACACACGGACAGAAGAGCGUCCGAGAGCGACCGCAGCUCCGCCAGAGCGUCAGCUUCAGCGGCUUCUCCUCGCAACCUCAAACCCUCGGUGGUUUCCACGCCGUACCGGACGCCCUGGCCUUCUCCAGAUCAUCGUCAGUGUCCCCGCCACCAUCCACAGGUAGUCCCGACCUGCUGUCCCCUCUGUUCCCCGAGCCCGGGACCCUAAAGCACAGCCACCCGUUCGCAGAUCUGGGUGCCAACGGGAGCUUCUACGCCAUCAGCGACUCGGAGAGCGCGCAAAACUUGGCAUACGCGCUCACGGGCCUGUCAGCUCUGCAGCGGAGCGCGUCUGCGGACUCUCUUUCCGACCAGGACGACUACACCAGCUCCAGCAGCCUGAGCGGCUGCGACUCUCCCGGCAUCGAGGGCAGGCGACUGCCCAUCUUCAGCCGCCUGUCUGUCUCAGACGACUAAAAACCAUUACCUGUGCAUAUUGCAUGCUCACUCACUUGAUUCGUAAAGUGCUCCAUGUGAAAGUUCAUGAACGCAAGAAACUUUGUUGACAAUGUAUACUGUUGUAUACCAGUUCGAAGCUGCAGUGGGAACUUCACUUUAGGUUUAUUUGUUUUGGGAGUUGUUCUGCAGUGUUUUGUCUGUAGGACGAACCUUCCCAAGGCGCCCAUCUGUAGUCUAACCAAAGCCGAGCAACUUAGAGUAUAUACAUCUAGUGUAACGUCUAACCCGCUCCCUGAACAUACUGUAGCCUUUAGUUAAGGCAUUUUUAAAUGGACAGUAUUACCAAGUAGUUUAACCGUAGUGCUUUCUAAAAAAACAAAAACUAUUUAUUGCUUUUUUGUAAUAUGCAUUGCUUGCAGUUUUGUUUUGUAUGCAUUUCGAAGAAGGAACAAUGUAGAUAAGGCUUUUUUGUUUGUUUCUUUGAGCCCAUUUGUCUGCUUUGCACGAGCUAACUCUUAGCUUUAAUGAAGACCAGCUGCACAGAGUCUCAAUGUUGGAAUCUCAGGAUCAUUUUAAAGUGCUAUCGAUACACCCCACUGUCCUGUAUCUCAGUAAUAAUAGUCAGAGAUAUCCAGUCAAAAAUGUUCAUAUGCAAACCAACAUGAAUGUGAAAAUGACAAUGUACCAGAAAAAAGUCAAGUUAUACCACGGCCUUCGUCUUCUGCACUCUUAUUUUUUAUUUAAGAGGCGAAACUUGUCAUUUGCAAAUAACGUGAACUGUGAGUUCUGAUGUUCGUAGGUUGUAUUUUAUAUUAUCUUUUUUGCCUUGUGAAAAGACACGCUUUUGCCUUUUGUUAACUUAAAACUUAUUUAUUUCGUUUUUUCGAAAAGUGGGAAAACUGUAUAUUGUGUUGUGCUUUCGUUUCAUGUUUGUUUAUAUAUAAUUUAAAUGAACUGUUUACAUUCCAUGGGAUGGCAAUGCCCAUUUUCAUUAUAAUAUAUUGUUUUGAAAUAAACUUUCAAGGGAACAAAAGA